AUGGCGGUGUAUGAUCACGUUUCAAACCCACGGCGACUCAGUCAGGCUGCGGAGGCUGAUGCGGCUGUCGGUGUUCAGAAUCUUUCAAACUGGAAUCAUGCAAUUGAUGAGAUCAGCACUUGGCCCGAGUAUACUCCUCAACCGCUUCAUUCAAUGCCAAAAGCUGCAGUGCAGCUACGGCUCGGCAAUUUAUUUCUGAAAGAUGAGAGCGAGCGAUUCGGCAGAGAGUUGGGGUCCUUCAAAGCUCUUGGUGCGCCUUACGCCGUCUUCAGAAUCUUGACCGACGAGGUACAGGCUAAGACUGGUGUCUGGCCUACAUCAGCUGAUCUCCGAGCUGGCAAAUAUCGAGCCAUCACACAUCGUGUUACUGUAUGUGUUGCCACAGACGGCAACCAGGGAAGAGGCCUUGCCUAUGGAGCCAAGAUAUUCGGCUGUCGAUGCAUCGACUACAUUCAUAGCCACGUCAGCGCGGGUCGAGCAGAGGCCAUGAAAGACUUAGGUGCCAUCGUUAUUCGUGUCGAGGGCGAAUACGAAGCAUCUGUGGAAAGGGCAAGGGAGGACGCACGGAUGAACGGAUGGCACUUCGUCAGCAGCACUUCGUGGAAUGAUUUUGACAGCCCGAUCCCACAGAAUGUUAUGAAUGCAUACAUGGUGGUUGUGGAGGAGACGAUGAGUAUGCUGCCCAGAGUCGCAGAAAUCACGCACGUCUUCGUCUGCGGUGGCGUGGGUAGUAUCGCUGCUAUGGUAUUUCUUGGAUUUAUGAUGCAUCAUCAGAAGCUAGGGACUGCUAGAGAUGAGCUUCCUCGUUUUGUGGUCAUAGAACCACAAGAGGCUGACGGCCUUCUCCAGAGUGCCCGUCAAGGGGUUCCUACCCCGUCCGAUGGAAGUCUUCGGACGCUCAUGGCGGGCCUGGCUUGCCGUGCUCCUUCCCCAGCAGCUUGGAAAGUUCUCUCGUGGCUUGCCAGUGACUUCGUUUCUGUGCCUGACACGGUUGCGGUGGAGGGAAUGAAAAUGCUUGCUAGUGCGCCGUACGGUGAUGUACCAGUAGUUAGUGGCGAAUCCUCUGCUGCUAACAUGGGAAUCUUAUUGCAAGCCGCCUCUGACAACACUUUGCGCGAGUUGCUCGGUCUGAACAAUAAAAGCCAGGUGCUCUUUUUUAGCCUGGAAGGGGCAACAGAUCCGGAAAUAUUUGAGAAACUCGUUGGGAAGUCUCCCGACGCUGUAUUCGCAGCUAGAUAA